AUGUCUUACUUCGGUCUUCGGGGAAAGCCUCUCAGCACCUUACUGAGUAUAGUCGCAGCGACGGCCUUUGCUCUCCAAGGCUAUGAUCAAGCCGUUAUGAACGGUCUGUUGACCCUGGAUACCUUUAAGCACCAGUUUCCUCAGAUCAAAAACUCAAAUAUCGAAGGUACUGCCGUGGCUAUUUAUGAAGUUGGCUGCGCGAUCGGAGCCCUGUCUUGUGCCUUUCUUGGCGAUAUUCUUGGUCGCCGUCGUACAAUAUUCAUUGCAGGCUGCAUCGUGAUUGCUGGUGUCACGAUACAGAGCAGUUCAUUCUCCCUUGGACAGCUCAUUGCUUCCAGAGUCAUCACAGGUCUCGGGGUGGGUGCAUUGACUGCUACGAUCCCCAUGUGGGUGUCUGAGUGCUCCAGUGCCAAGGAACGUGGUCGCCGUGUUCUGCUGCAAGGGUUCUUUGCCAUUGGCGGAAUUGUAGUUGCGUCGUGGAUGGAGUUUGGCCUAUAUUUCGUCAAAAACGACCAAGUCAACUUUCGCUUCCCUAUCGCCUUCCAAGGCAUAUUCGCCAUCAUCAUCACCUCAUUCGUCAUGUUUCUACCCGAGUCUCCUCGCUGGCUCAUUAAACAAGAUCGCUUCGAGGAAGCGAUUCUGGUCAUGGCUGCCCUCGAGGACCUCCCCGAUGACUCCGUGGUCAUCAGCGAGGAGCUUUCCCUCAUCCGCGACGCCUAUAUCGAGGAGCAGAACCAGAAGGUAUCUAUCUUCACCAUGGGACCCGAGCGCCAGUUUCAUCGCGCUGUUCUCGCUGUUGGCCUCGCCAUCCUCGCUCAGAUGUCUGGGAUAAACAUUGUCACCUUUUAUUCCACAACCAUCUUCCAGCAGCAGCUCAACUACUCGCCUACAGAGUCUCGCAUCUUCUCUGCAUGCUUGCAAGUCUGGCAAUUCAUCGCUGCUGGCUUUGCUCUUGUGCUUAUUGACAGGUUUGGCCGCCGCAAGUUACUCAUGGCUGGUGCUUUGGGCAUGUGUGUUGCGCAGACUUCGCUAGCAGGUCUCAUGUCUGACCUAACUAACAAGUCUGCGAGUGAAGCUGCUAUCUUCUUUUACUUUGUAGCUAUGUUCUUCUUCCCCGUCGGCCUCUUCCUUCUCCCCUUUAUGUAUGCUGCCGAAAUAUCACCCCUAAGCAUCCGCGCCCAGAUUACCGCCAUUAGUGCCUGCGCCAACUGGCUAUUCAACUUCCUUGUUGCUGAAGUUUCCCCUCAUGCCUUGAAGAACAUUGGAUACAGAUACUACAUUGUAUAUGCCUGUAUCACUCUCUUUACCUUUAUCGUUAUCUUGCUCUUUUAUCCGGAAACCAAGGGUCGUACUUUGGAGGAGAUUGAUGAUAUUUUUAUCCAGUCAAAGAGCAUCUGGGACCCAGUCAAGAUUGAGAGGAAUUUGCCAAAAGAUGCUGUGGCAUUGGCUGAACGAAUCCGCAAUGCACAUGACAAUGAGAAACAUGAUGCAAUUCAUGCUGAGAAUAUAUAA